AGAAGAAGCAAGUUGGAAAACAUUGCAAAAAAAUCUCAAACCAACAACUUUUUCUUUCCUUUUAUCUUUUUGUUUGUUCUUUUGGCGAAAGGUGAAGUUCAUGAAGAAGCUUCAUGGUUCUAUCCUAUUCAUCCCGGAAAAGUCACAGUUUUGAAUACAGCCGCAGUACCAAGUAAUUUUAAUAUUACUACGCUGGGUUACUUUUGAGGCCGGUUGUUACGUUGUUGAUUUGGUCACAGCUCUCUCUCUCUCUCUCUUUCCUGUUGAUUUAUAAAAACACCAUUGUUGCCGAUAUUGACUUGCUUCCUUCCUCAUCUUUCCUAUUAAAGUCUCGGAGCAUGACAACUAUUUCGCUCCUUCUUUAUAUGCUUUCUCACUGCUUUCUUCUGCAACCCAAAACCAACCUAGUUGCUUUCACUUAAAAGGGUCAGGAUUUUUCUGCUUUUCUCUUACUGAAUGCAGCUCUUCAUCACCCUAGCACCAAUCCAUAUAGUAGAUCAUGUCGUUUUUACCAGCACGAAAGGGGAGACACAGACAACGGUACCAGGAUCAUCUCAGACUUGUUGCUGGGUGCAUUCCAUACAGACUGCAGAAGGAUGUCGAGGAUAGCAACAGCAGUGUGACGAGCAGGAUAAAUGUUCUUAUGAUUUCCACACCAAACCGUGAUGAUCUUGUGUUCCCUAAGGGUGGAUGGGAAAAUGAUGAGACGGUUCAUGAAGCAGCAUGUCGGGAGGCCCUGGAGGAAGCCGGAGUGAAAGGAAUACUUGAUGAGGAUCCACUGGGAGUCUGGGAGUUUAGAAGCAAGAGUAGACAAAACUGCUGCAACAUGGAAGGUGGUUGUAGAGGUUAUAUGUUUGCCUUGGAGGUGACUGAAGAACUUGACUCUUGGGCAGAACAGACAAGUUACAAGAGGCAAUGGGUCAGUAAUAAAAAACCUAAGCUCUCCCCAGAAGAAGCGUAUAAAUUUUGCCGGUAUGAUUGGAUGAAAGAUGCUCUUCAAGUAUUUUUAAGAGCCAUCGAGGAGAGGGGGAGUAGGAGGGCAGAAAAGCUGGUGGAGCUCCCUAUGUUUCCAGCGGCGGAUUCCAUGGCGGAGCAUCAGAUGUUAACAUCAGCUGGUUGCUCUGAGAAACCACCCACCGUACAGCAUCUUGAAGAGUCUUUUACUAAUAAGUGUAUUGUGCAGGGUUAAUGAGUCCUAGAGAAAUGUUAUCAGUUAGGUGUUUGCCAUCAUUAAUUAACUGUUGAAUACCGUGUCACAGACAGUCUUCUAAUCUCCUCUUGCUGGUGCAACUUCUGUAAAAAGAUAACAAAGGUGGAGAGCAAACCGAAAACUAGAGUUCUUUCUUAAUGUUAAGAGUUUAAAUUAUAUAAAAAUGAUGUUAAUUCUUACCCUA